AUGGAUCCAUCGUCGACAAGCCUGAGAGUGCGCCUUCCGGCGUUGGUGUUGGUGCUGGAAGUCAUACUUCUGGUGCUUUACUCUUUCUUCGUCACGUACGAUGACAAUGCCAACGCUAAGAUGCAGAACAACAUGACCAUACCUAUGGACAACUCUCUUUACCGAGACUAUCCCUACUUCGCCGAUGUGCAGGUGAUGAUCUUCGUUGGCUUCGGCUGUCUGCUGGCGUUUCUACGCUUCUACGGCUUCAGUGGAAUGGUCUUCAACUUCCUCACUGCCACUUUUUCGAUCCAAUGGGCAAUCCUGGUGCAAGGCUACUUCCAGUUCUACCAAGACGGCAAGAUUCACCUCGGGGUGAUCAACCUCAUAAAUGCAGAAUUUGCGUGUGCUGUUGUACUCAUCUCAUUCGGGGCUGUGCUCGGAAAGACCAGUCCUGUGCAGCUUCUGGUGAUGGCCUUUUUAGAGGUCCCCUUCUUCUCUGUGACAGAGUGGGCUGUGUUGAAGUACAUAAGGGUCAAUGAUGCAGGUGGCUCCAUUGUAAUUCACUUAUUUGCCUGCUACUUCGGCCUAGGGGUGACAUUUGUGCUGUACCGACCCAAUUUAAAAAACGGACACUCAAAGGAGAUCACCAGCUACCACUCAGACAUCCUCUCUGUACUGGGGACGCUGUUCCUCUGGGUGUUUUGGCCUUCGUUCAACUCCUCCCUGACCUUGAAGGGUGACGAUCAGCACAGAGCAGUGCUCCACACCUUCAUAGGGCUCAGCUCCUCUACUAUGACUGCCUUCGCUCUAUCGGCCGUGUUCAACAAAAAGGGCAAGCUCACCAUGGCCGACAUCCAGAACGUGACCUUGGCCGGUGGUGUGACGGUGGGGGCCUCCGUGGACAUGAUGAUCUCCCCUGCGGCAGCAUAUGCCCUGGGGGUCCUGGGCUGCACCGCCUGCUUCCUGGGAUACAGGUACCUCACCCCGUUCCUGGCCCAACGCCUCCGGAUCCAGGACCAGUGCGGGAUUCACAACCUCCACGGGCUGACGGGCCUCAUCUCGUGCACCGCCGGCAUCUGUGCCAUCCUGCUGGCGACCGAGGAGACCUACGGGCCGAGUAUGUACGAGAUAUUCGCCCACCGCUCUCCUCCAGAGGGGGAUCCCAAGCUCCUGGCGCUGCGGCAGCUCAUCCCGGGGCUGAAGGCCGGUCUAGGACGCAGCGCCGAGGAGCAAGCCCUCUACCAGGUGGCAGCCAUCUUUUCCACCAUCGCAGCGGCCGCCGUGGGAGGCGUGGUGACUGGCUUUGUGCUCAAGUUGCCCUGCCUGGCCUCCCCCGCCGACGACGACUGCUUUGACGAUGAACUCUUCUUUCAUAUGCCCACUGACUUUUACAGUGAGGUGAAAAAGACUCCCAGCAACGAACAUGACUCCAAGGUUUAG